AUUAAGAGGUCGUCAAGUUGCUUGAGUUUUUUAAAGGAAUGCAUCACUACCUUGUCUUAUUACAGUUGCAGUCUUUUUUAAAACGACAUGGAGUGGGUCCCAGCGUAACUAUUACAGCUUAUGCAAGAUGCAAACAGUGCAGUGUGUUACUUACAGUAACCGUGUGCAUGCAUGUCUACUGCUAAUUUCCAGGAGACAAAUAAAUACUGUAUUGCAGGUACAGCACAAUCUCCUCUUCCACCUCAUCAAUAGCUUUAGACAUUUUCAACGUAUCGGUCCACAAGAAAAAAAAACAUUUUACACGCUUUUUUUUUUCUUCAGUGACAUCAUGGUCUCUUUCAGUAUGCAGUCUGUCUCCUGUAACUCUCACUGGCACUGUAAUAGUCUCCUGUAACCCUCAAUGGCACUAUAAAUAUACUUCAACCUGUGUCUAAAGGUCCCGUGUAAUAUUGCUCCAGUCUGAAGCUGAGCUAUCGACAGAUCUCAUUACAUUCCCAUCAGUCACACUGCCCUUUUAAAGAACAGCUCCGCUAUAAGCAGUCAGGUGCCAGAAAUCUGAACUGUCUGACGCAUUCAAGUGUUUGAAAUUAUGUACACAGGCACUCGCUUUCAUGGAGUCAUGAUGCUUGACGCUGCCAUCUUGUGGAAGCUGGUGAGUACUACACCAUGGUAGGGCGGGGGGGGGACUACAGCACAGCCUAACUGCGUUUGUUUUGCAUCACGUGAGGGGUGCGAUCAGAAUCGGUUUCUUAGCACCAAAACAGAUAAGCCAGGAAGUACCCUCACGUGACGGAGACCGCAUCUGCAACUUUGUAAAGUAGCUGAGUAUGGGCAAAAUAAGAGUUUCACGCUAACAGUAAAUAAAAAGGUGACUAUAUGGCUCCGUGUUCAGCAGGGACAGUAAGCGUAGUCCUGCUUCUCUAAAGCUUGGAUCAAGAUGUCUGCCAGGGAGCAGAGUGACUUCAAGUGUGUAGAGCUGGGAGAGGAGGCCGUGGAGCAGCAGCCCUCUAAACCUGGAGAACCAGCCGGGCCAGCAGAGAGGGGUUCUGACACCCAGCCAGGGAAGCCCUCUAAUAGGAUCCCCCUUACAAACCCUGACACUGUGCACGUCAAGAGAGAGCCUGAUGAGAAGCACAAUCUCAAGAGAUUCUUUGUCCUGAGACCUGGCGCUAUUGAACAAGCAGUUCAAGACAUACGGUCUGUGAUGGAUGAAAAGGAAGAUGGCAGUGUCCAAAGUGUCUGGCUUUUGGCUGAGGUGGAUCACUGGAACAAUGAGAAGGAGCGCAUUGUGCUGCUUGCAGAGAACUCCCUCCUGAUCUGCAAGUAUGACUUCAUCAUGCUCAGCUGUCAGCACAUUCAGAGAAUCCCACUGAACUGCAUCGACCGCAUCUGUCACGGGGAGUUCACCUUCCCACAAAAGUCUCUCGACAAGCGAGAAGGGGAAGGACUACGCAUUCUCUGGGACAGACUGCGGGAGCCGACCUUCGUGUCUCGCUGGAACCCUUUCUCGGGGGACUUUCCAUUCUGCACCUUCACCGAGCACCCAGUGCUGGGGGCCAGCGACAAGUUCACAAAGAUGUGUGCGCUGGACCAGUUCAGGGAUCAGCUGACACAGGCAGUUCAGAGAGCUCAUGAGAAGAAGCCGAUCCCUGGCAAAGCCAAUGGAGUCCUGGUGCUGAAGCAACCUAUCCUCAUAGAGACCUAUGUGGGGCUCAUGUCCUUCAUUGGAAACCAGAACAAGCUGGGGUACUGCAUGGCACGAGGGAACAUGGGAUUCUAAAUGCAGUGCCACCAUGCCUUGGCAACUUCUAUAUAUAUAUAUAUAUAUAUAUAUAUAUAUAUAUAUAUAUAUAUAUAU